AUGAGUGACAGAAUAAAAAAAAAUGCUUACAAGAAGAGAGGUCGUGGAAAAAAUGAAGGUACCCUACUCUUUUUCAUUCUCUUUCUUCUUCUAAAGUACCCUACUCUUUUUCAUUCUCUUUCUUCUUCUAAAUACCUUACUCUUUUUCAUUCUCUUUCUUCUUCUAAAGUACCCAACUUUUUUUUUCUUUUUCUAAAUUCUUUUUCAUUUCUUUCUUCUUCUAAAGUACCCAACUUUUCAUUUCUUUUUUCUUUUAAAGUAUACUCUUUUUCAUUUCUUUCUUCUUCUAAAUACCCUACUCUUUUUCAUUCUCUUUCUUCUUCUAAAGUGCCCUUCUUCUUUUUCAUUCUCUUUCUUCUUCUAAAGUACCCUACCUUUUUUCAUUCUCUUUCUUCUUUCUUCUCUUUUCACCCUCUUCUUCUUUUUCAUUCUCUUUCUUCUUCUAAAGCACCCUACUUUUUUCAUUCUCUUUCUUCUUCUAAAUACCCUACUCUUUUUCAUUCUCUUUCUUCUUCUAAACACCCAACUUUUUUUCAUUCUCUUUCUUCUUCUAAAGUACCCAACUUUUUUCAUUCUCUUUCUUCUUCUAAAGUACCCAACUCUUUUUUCAUUCUCUUUCUUCUAAAUUCUUUUUUUUUCUUUCUUCUUCUAAAGUACCCAACUCUUUUUCAUUCUCUUUCUUCUUUUUUCUUUUUCAUUCUCUUUCUUCUUCUAAAAAAACCCAACUUUUUUCAUUCUCUUUCUUCUUCUAAAUACCCUACUCUUUUUCAUUCUCUUUCUUCUUCUAAAGUACCCAACUUUUUUCAUUCUCUUUCUUCUUCUAAAUAUUCUACCCUUUUUUAUUUUCCUUUUCUUCUAAGCUAUCCUACUCUUUUUCAUUUUACUUCUUUUAAACUACCCUACUCUUUUUCAUUCUCUUUCUUCUUCUUGGAAACUACCCAGAUCUUUUUCAUUUUUCUUCUUCUUCUAAACGACCCUAAUCUUUUUCAUUUUUCUUCUUCUAAACUAUACUACUGUUUUUCAUAUUUUUCUUCUACUGAACAAUCCUACACUUUUUCAUUUUCUUCGGCCCUAAUCUUUUUCAUUUUUCUUCUUCUUCCAAACUCCCCUACACAUUUUUAUUUUCCUCCUUCUUCUAAACUAGCAUACGCUUUUCAUUUUUCUUCUUCUCCUCCUCCUACUUCUUCUUCUUUUUCUUUUUCUUGUUCACUGCUCACUCUCUUUUUCAUUUUUCUUCUUCUAAAUUGUCUACUCUUUUCCAUUUUUUCUUAUUUUUCUUAUCUACCCUUCUCUUCUGUUAAACUUCUCUUUAUUUUCUUCUACUUCUUCUUUUUCUUCUUCCUUUUCUUCUUCUCCCCGUUUUACAACCUAAAAUUUCCCUUUUCGUUUGUGCUUUUCAUCAAUUCUUAUUCACUUUUAUUUCAACUUCCUUUAACCUUUUUCUAUAUAUUUUUUAAUUUUUAUUACCUUUCUUCAUUUAUUUCUGUUACCUUUUUUCUUUUAUUUCACUCCCUUUUUCUUUCCUCGUUUAUUUUACUCGCUUUCUUUCUUAUUUUUUUUUCCUUUUUUUCUUUACUUACUGUUUUGACCAUUUCUUUCUUUUUUUAUUUUUUGAAUUUUCAGAUUAUUUCUUUUCUUUUGCCCUUAUUUUUCUUUUCAAUUCUGUCUUUCAAAAAAAUUAUUUUCUUCCUUUCUUUGUCUUCUUUCUUUUUUGUACAUUAUUUCUUCAAUUUCUUUUUUCAUUUCUUUUUUAGUUUCUUUCUUCAUUUUUCUCAAAUGCUUUUCUUCAUUUCUUUCUUCAAUUCUUACAUUUUUUCUUUCACGAAUUUCUUUCUUCGUUUUUCAUUUUCUUCCUUCAAAUUAUUUUUCCAUUUCAUUUUCCAGUUACUUUCUUCAUUGCUUUCUCCAUUUUUUUUACUUAAUAUAUGUCUUUUACCAAUUCUUUCGUCGUUCAUUUCUUUGAUUCUUGUAUUUAAUUAUUUUCCAUUUCUUUUUUCCAUUUUCGUUCUUUAUUGCUUUCUCUCUUUCUUUUUCUUUUCUUCCUUAAAAAUAAUUUUCAUUUCUUUUCCCAGUUUCUUUCUUCGUCUUUUUUCUGUAUUUUAUUUUUUUCUUAAAUUCUGUAUUCGAUAUUUCGUCAUUUCUUUCUCUGAUUCCUUUCUUCAUUCAUUUCUUUAUUUUUUCUUUUCUUCCUUCAAAUUUUCUUCUUUUUCCAAAACCAGUCUUUCUUUCCUUCUUUCUUUAUUUUAUUUCUGCAUUUAA